AUUUACACAGGAAGUGGAGGAUUUCCUGUGAAAUUCGAACAAAAAUGAUGAAAAGAAUGUGAACAUUUGUCUCGAAAGUUGAAAUAGUUUAUCAAAAUGUGUGAAAAUAUUCGUCUGAUGUGUGUAGUGUGCCGGAUUGGGGUUUAUUCGUUGUGCAGAAGAAUGUGCUGCAUGGGGCCGCCAUCAAUCCGUCCAAAUUUUACAGUGCUAUGUUUAGGGUUAACUAAAGCUGGUAAAAGUUCUUUAUUGGCAGUUUUAAGUGGAGAUGACAUUCACAAGAUUGAGCCAACUAUAGGUUUCAGUAUCAAGGCUAUCAUGUUUGAUAAUUGUAUUUUAGACGUUAAAGAGUUAGGAGGUGGUGACAGUGUACGACCUUACUGGGAUAGAUAUUAUCAAGAAACACAAGGUGUAAUCUUUGUAUUAAAUGGUGCUGGUAGUAAUGAAGAAUUAGAUAAAGUGAAAGAAGAAUUUCAUAAAGCUCUAGAUGACCCACAAUUAGAAUCUCAUCCUUUAUUAGUUUUAGUUAAUUAUAACGAUGUACCUGGGGCACGAACCACUGAUGAGAUCAGCAAGUUAUUAGAUUUAGAGAAGGAAACAGCCAAAAGAAAAUGGAUGAUUCAGUCCUGUUCUGUGAAUGAUAAAGAAAGUAUUAUGUCAGCUUUUGAUAAAUAUAACAUACUUUUAGUAGACAGGACUAAAGAAGAUGGCAAAGAUUUUGAUCAAAUAUAGAAAGCAGAUAUUAUAUUUCAACAUGUUAUUAUUUUAUAUUGGCCUUCUCAACAUUUAAAUUGCUCAUGGUUUGCGCAACCUGGUCUGAAGCUCACUUCUGAUGGACAUGAUGGGAUACUACUGUCAGAAAAGCCAGGAAUACUCUUGCUACUAUAUUUUGCAAGUUUUAUCUAUUGGCAAGACAAUGCCAUUAUAUUUGAUAGUCAGUUUGGUCUUUGUGGCUAUCUUCACAAUUUUGCAGACUCACCAUUUACCCAUCAUAGGCAGCACUCGAGCUAGCAUGAUAAUAUACAAUUUAAAUACACACACUUUUUAUUAUUUUAUUGGUAGUUUGACAUAGCCUAGUGUGGC